ACUGGCCAAAUUCGAACAAAGGCUUUCUUUAAUAUCUGCAGCAAUGGGUUACUUUAGGUCAGCAGUCUUUAUCGUUUUCGCAAUGGCUAUAGCCAUUGUAUCCAGUCGGAUCGUGCCCCGCAAUUACGAAUCAGCCAAUUUCCAUGUGUCCACCGAAAAGCUCAACUGGCACGCCGCCGUCGAGAGCUGCCACCGGAAGGGCAUGCGGAUAGCCACGGUAGAUUCCCUGGCCAAAAUGAAUGAAAUCAUUCAGCUGGUGCACAACAGCUGGACGGUUUUUAAUCCGGCUCUGACAAACGUAUGGAUUGGAGCCACCGACCUUGCCUAUAGGUAUAAGUUUGUCUGGCUCGAAACCGGAACGACGCUUUCGAGUACGUACACCAAUUGGGCACCUUCUGAGCCGAACAGCGCCGGUAUCGAACGAUGCGUUGAGAUGUGGUACGAACCGGCGGCAAAUUUCAUCUGGACCUGGAAUGAUAAGGAUUGCGGGGCGAUUCGUAACUUUGUGUGUGAAAAGCUUCCCGCUUGUAAGUGAUGAGGUUUGAGUUUGACUAUUUGAAAUAAAUGGUAUUCAAAAAGAUAAAUCUCUGGAAUUCCUAGGC